AUGAAGUAUUGUGGUGUUGCUACCCCUUUCCGUGGCAUCAGGGUUUACACCCGUUGUGCUAUGGGUAUGCCGGGAUCAGAGACGGCAUUGGAGGAGUUGAUGUGUCGAGUACUUGGAGAUCUAUUGUUUGAAGGUGGUGUUGUCAAGCUUGCAGACGACUUGUACUGUGGUGCUGAUACCUGGCAGGCCCUUUUGCAUAACUGGUCCAGGGUGUUACAUGCGCUAGCGUCCAAUGGUCUUCACCUUUCUCCAUCUAAGACUGCCGUCUGUCCUAAAACCACUACUAUUUUAGGAUGGGUUUGGUCUGAAGGGAGCCUAAAAGCAAGUCCUCACAGGGUAACGACUCUAUCAACGUGCGCAUGCCCUUCAACUGUGAAGGGAAUGCGGUCUUUCAUUGGUGCCUACUAG